AUGUUAUCUUUCUGGGGAGGUGGUAGGUUCAAGAUACUGAUCUUGAUUCAUAGAAAGCAACUGCCACUGUCUGCUGCAGCUAGCUGUCAAAUCAACCUCCUCGAAGAACUCCUGAGCUCCAUCCCUCCCAACUCUCUCAAAAUGUCACCUACUUUCCAGGAUUUUCCCGGAAACUCUCCCUCAAGAAAAUUGCUUCUGUUCAACCACAUUAACCAACAACAGCCGGCACCAAGGGCUGCUGCUCCCUCUUCGAAUUAUUUUGGAACCAACAGAAUCUUUGACCCCAAUGUCGUGAUGGUCAUGUCAGUCCUCCUGUGUGCCGUAAUUUGCGCUCUGGGAUUGAAUUUUCUCAUCAGGUGUAUAAUAAAAAGAUCAGGAUCUGUUGCCUUUGGCAAUUUCGAUUCCACAGCCACUUCCUCAGCUAAAAUUCCCAACACAGGAAUCAAAAAGAAGGCCCUGAAAACUUUUCCUGUGGUGAAGUACUCAGCGGAGGUGAAUCUUCCAGGAUUGGACUCAGAAUGUGUUAUAUGCCUGUCCGAAUUUGUUCCUGGAGAGCGUGUGCGCCUCUUGCCGACAUGCAACCAUGGAUUCCAUAUCUGCUGUAUCGAUAAGUGGCUGAAGUCUCAUUCUUCUUGCCCCAAAUGCAGGCACUGCCUGAUUGAGACUCGCCAGAAGAUUGUGGGGUGUAGCCAGCCAGCAGGCUCGUCAGGAUCAGCGGUUGCGCAUUUGCCAUCUGAGCAGGAAACAGCUGUGAGCAUCAGGCCCCUGGAACCUGAAGGAGUGUUGCAUAACCAUGGAGUGAUAUGCUAAGUUCGAAGAUUGAUUGGUUUAAUUAAUUUGAUCAAAUUAAUUCAUAAUGGCAAGGAAAUGCAAUUUUCUUGGCAAUUAAUUAAUUUGUAUUCCUUGGAGUCAUGAAAAUUUUGAUUAGGAGUUUCAUCGGUCAUGAGAAGUUAAGUGAGCUUUGGAUUCUCUCAAAUUAGGGUUUCAGAUUUGGCCAGUGAGAAAGGAAGUAAAAAAUGUAGAAGAAAAUAGUUUAAUUUUGGUUGCAGUUGUGAAUACACAAAGUAGAAAAAUA